UGGCGGUUUUGUGCGUGGAUCGUCAAUGGGUGGGGACAAGGAACUGGGAACUGACAGCUUUUAGGCACAAAUCCGGUCGGUGAGCUGCGCCAUUUGCAACAAGCUGGGUCUAUAGUUGCUGCAGUUAGUUCCCAUUCGCUUCAUUCCCCCCAACUUCAUCAUGUUCCAAAUCGGCAAGCUUCUGGGCGGAGGUGGUAGCGGCCUGGCCGGACAACUCUUGCAAGGCCUGGCAGGCGUGAUUGGCCAAAUGUCUACUGGACCGGCCGAACAGCCCCGCCAUGUUUCACAGAUCGAGUCCUCUGAGAACGAAGAGGAGAGAAAGUUCCGGCAAAUCUUCAAACGGCUGGCUGGAGAUGACAUGGAGGUUAGUCCCACAGAACUGAUGAACAUGCUCAACCAGAUUAUAUGCAGACAUCCCGACCUCAAGACUGAUGGAUUCAGUUUGGAGUCCUGUCGUAGCAUGGUGGCUGUCAUGGAUGCUGACAGCACUGGGAGACUGGGCUUUGAAGAAUUCAAGUACCUUUGGAACAAGAUUAAACUGUGGCAGGGUGUCUACAAAAGGUAUGAUGCUGACAAGUCGGGCACAAUUAACAGCCAAGAGCUACCUGGGGCAUUUGAAGCAGCAGGAUAUCCCCUGAAUGAGGAGCUGUACCGAUUGCUGUAUCGCCGAUAUGCCAACGAGUCUGGAGACAUGGAUUUUGACAACUACAUUGCCUGCUUGGUUCGGCUGGAUGCCAUGCUCAGAUCGUUCAAAGCUUUGGACAAGGACAACAAUGGAUCCAUCAAAGUCAACAUCGUAGAGUGGCUGCAGCUCACCAUGUAUUCGUGAAUGUUGUCCUCAACGCCAGUCCUUCGAAGAGUGCAAUGGACCUUGGCCUCGCUUGCCUGACCUACAUGGAGAAGAGGUCCUUUGCCAGACUGAGAAGGAGUGGGGAUGUGUGCGGGGGAGGGAGCUAAAAUAUCUAUAUAUAUAUUUUCUGCAUGUUGGCUUUUUAUAGUUACUGAGAUUCCCACUUGUUGGGGAUGUUACUGAUUCUCCGAAGGCAGGUGUACUUGGCUGUUCCAAAAUCCACUCUGUAUCUGCUAGCUUUCCAGAGCUGAGGUCCAUGUGUUUGCAAGUCUUCACUUCUGCAGAAGCAACACUGCAAACGGGAAACAUAGAGCACUUUUUCUUUUAAAUGCAAUGUCGAAUGCAGAUCAGCUGGUGGUUUUCCCAUUCCCUGUGCCGAUGCCCCAUCCCAUGGUGUCCCUGCAUCUCCUGUUUCCAGUUUCCUCCCUUGAGUUUCUCUGACCCCCUUUGUUUGAACAUGGAAGAUCUAGGAGCAUUGAUAAAAUGAAAAAAGUGGACUUUCUGUGUCACCAAAUGAUACACUUUUUUUUAAUGGUAAAUCGGAUACACUAACAAAAUACUCAGCUGGUCAGGCAGCAUCUUUGGAGAGAGAAACAAGAGCUAAUGUUUUGGAUGGAUGUCCUCCGAACUUAUGGAAGGUCCUCAACUUGAACAUUAACUUUUGUUUCUGGCUCUCUUUGCAGAUGCUACCCCUCAUCUAUUGAGUAUCGCCCUAGGAGACAUUAAACAUUAACAGCGAUUGCAGUGCAGAUUCUAUUGUGGAUGAAAGGGAGACUAGAUUAGUGUUUGUCCAUUUGGGUUGAAAUUUAUUGGAAGCAAUGAGUCAAAAGUCCCAUUCAAAGCUAGCAUUUUGAGACCCAUGCUUAAAUAUUCAUAAAUAACAGACAAUAGGUCCAGGAGUAGGCCAUUCAGCCCUUCGAGCCAGCACCGCCAUUCACUGUCAUCAUGGCUGAUCAUCCACAAUCAGUACCCCGUUCCUGCCUUCUCCCCAUAUCCCUUGACUCCGCUAUCUUUAAGAGCUCUUUCUAAUGCCCCUGUCCCACUUAGGAAACCUGAACGGAAACCUUUGGAGACUUUGCGCCCCACCCAAGGUUUCCGUGCGGUUCCCGGAGGUUUUUGUCAGUCUCCCUACCUGCUUCCACUACCUGCAACCUCCGACAACCACCUGCAACCUCUGGGAACCGCACGGAAACCUUGGGUGGGGCACAAAGUCUCCAUAGGUUUCCAUUCAGGUUUCCUAAGUGGGACAGGGGCAUAAUAACUCUCUUGAAAGCAUCCAGAGAAUUGGCCUCCACUGCCGUCUGAGGCAGAGAAUUCCACAGAUUCACAACCCUCUGUGUGAGUUAUUCUUGUGUUAUUCACCCUUUUAUAACGAAGCUGAAACACAAACAAUUACUUUAACUGCAGCAAGGCAACAUUUUAAAACUGGUCCAUUAAUGAAUCUUAAUGAACAGUAUUUGAGUCCAGAUAGUUACAAUUUUGGAGCAGUCAAGUUGACAUUUGCAGCCUUGUGCUUUGUACUUAAUGGGGGCAAAGUAUUGUAAAGGGGUUUAAAACCAUCGUCACUAUCACAACCUUAUUGUUGCUCUCACCUACGUCAUGGUUUAUCUCUAAUGCAGGAACAUAAAUCUAUUUAUGAGCACGCGGAAAUGAUUAAUAUUUCAUCCCAUGAUUUAUUUUUCACCUUCUCCUCUUGCACAAAAGCAGGAUCUUCUGAAAGUGUUGAGUGAGAGAAUAACAGGCGUCGAUCUCAAAGGGGCCUGUCCCGUUUGGGCAUUAUUUGCGCGUCAUUUACGCCACAUCAUUUGCGCGGCACGAGGUACAACGCAACAUUUGCGCGUCAUGGCGCGUGGUGAGACGUGGUGGCGUGGGCAGGGUCGCGAGCGGCGCCCCAGGAAUUUGGGAUUCACUAAAUCUUCGUGCACCACCUGCGUACGCGCAAAUGAUGCCCAAGUGACGGCCAAAUGACAGGCCCUUAGUUUCCUUCAAAGAGGAUACCGUUAGAAUGUUCCCGAGAUUAAUUUUUAUAGUUUGUGUCGAACAGGGAUCGAUCCAACACAAAGUUGAUCAUUUUCUUCCCCCCCCCGCUUGUAUUCGGAAUUGGACUGCUCCUUGCAAUCGAAUUCUGUUCAUUGAAUUUUGAGUGAACGGAAUUCUUUGAAUUGAUGUGGAACUCAUCACUUCCUGCGCUAAUUUCCUGGGAAUGAAGGCGAUUCCAAUUCCAUCGUUUGUGAUUGGUGCCAUAAUCCAAUGACCUUCCAUCUUCCCAUUGCCUGACACCUUGUUGUUGAUCAUGUUUGGCCAGUUGAGCCCAAAGACCAUGCUUCCUCCAGCCAAGUAUUGUGCUAAUAGAGAUAUCCCUCCUGGUGCCUGGACUUGCAGGUUUGCCAAAGUAUGGAACUUGCAGGAUGGGAGGGAUACAUGCCAUUGGGAUGAAUGAAUGAAUCAGUUUAUCGGCCAAGUAUGGACACAUACAAGGAAUUUGCCUUGGUGCUCCGCCCGCAAGUAACAACCCGACUUACAGUAAACAAUUAAGAAUAAAACAUUAUAGCUUAAACAUGUGAAUGAGUUAAAAUGCCAGAGCGCAAGGAGGCUUUUGGUUAUUGAGUGGAGCAGUCCAGCGCACUCAGACUGGGGGUCUUGCUCGAAAUAGCAUCAUCUCCAUCGUGAAAUUGCCAAACCCUAUUUUGCCAGGAAGGUCAUUUGCUCUUUUGACGUUUGAGGUCUCGUUGGGCAAUGUGUGACCUGCCUUAGUGUAACAGGGAAGGGAGUGAGAAUUCUAGGGUGAACAAUUGGAACGUUGCUAAUCUGCUUCUGUUGCUGCUUGACCUGUUGCACCUUUCGUGGCCACGCUGUACGGUUUUUAUUAAAGGAAAAUCUAUCCACUUUUUACAAA